ACCCCCUUGACCUGCGGGCCCGGGGCGCAGACAUGGCGGCGGCCGUUCGGCGCGUGCUCUGGCUCAGCGGCGCUUGGAGCGCGGCGCGAGCAACGCCGGGCGCGCAGACAUUAAGACUAAUCUGUACCAGUACAGCAGUGCAGAACAAAAGUCAUAUUCCAAGACCUCCAGUGUACACACAGGAUUUUUUUAAAGAACAGACUGAAGAGUUCAACCUAGGAAAGAGACAUUUAGCCAACAUGAUGGGAGAAGAUCCAGAAACUUUUACCCAAGAGGAUAUUGAUAAAGCAAUUGCCUACCUCUUUCCCUCUGGCUUAUUUGAGAAAAAGGCCAGACCUUUAAUGAAGGAUCCCAAAGAAGUCUUUCCAAGCAAAUCAAUACACCAAUGGGGAGAAGAUGGCCGUCCAUUUCACUUUCUCUUUUAUACCGGCAGUCAGUCAUAUUAUUCAUUGCUGCACGAAAUAUAUGCGAAACUACUGAGGAUUCAGAAACAUGAGGACGAAAUGAGAGCCCAAGGCUCAUUUCCUGGGACGGGAAAUGAGUUAAAACUGAUUGGCAGCAGAUGGCUGAUUAAGGAGGAAUUGGAAGAAAUGUUAUUAGACAAACUGUCAGAUCAAGAUUAUUCACUGUGUAUUCGGCUACUAGAAAGAUUAGUGGCAUUGCCAUGUAGUGGCAUUGAAGAAGAGUAUGUGGCGAAGUUUCGCAGAGGCUAUGUUAUACAGUUACAGAGAUUCAUGAAUAAACCCAAGCAGUAUGAUGAACGAGGAGUGGCUUUCAGCACUGGAGAAGGUAAAAGGAAGACUGCAAGAGCAUCUGUAAUAGUUUAUGACAAUGGGAGUGGAAAGAUUACAGUGAAUGGGUUACAUUAUAUACAUUACUUUCCUAUUCUUCAGGACAGAGAGCAAUUAAUGUUCCCAGUCCAGUUCCUUGAUAGACUUGGAAAACUUGAUAUGGUCUGUACGGUCUCUGGUGGAGGGAGGUCCUCACAGGCUGGAGCAAUACGUUUAGCUAUUGCAAGAGCCUUAACUAGUUUUUCUACUAAAAAUGAAGUGGAAUGUAUGAGACAAGCUGGACUACUCACAAGUGAUCCCCGUUUGAAGGAACGAAAGAAGCCAGGUCAAGAGGGAGCCCGAAAGAAGUUUACGUGGAAAAAACGCUAAAUCUGACUGGACCUGAGUUACGUGGUGGUACAGUUGGUAACAAGUCCAUCAGUGUGAUUCAUUUACAGUUACACUUGUGUAAAUAUACAUGGUAAUAAAAUUGUUUUCAUUGUUAAA